AGCAUUGUCACUCGAAUACACCACACAACCAUGAUUGAUGUCUGGAAUGGAGACAUACUCCUCCCAGACGGUGAUUAUGUCAAAGAUAUUGGCUUUUCAACCCCCAAUGACAAUACCGCCAUUGCGAUAACCGCGACGUCGCUUCGUUUCCUCUCCACCGUUGAUACCGCAAAGAUACCGUUGUAUCUCGCUUUAGGGCCCAGUUAUGAUGUUUGGACAAGCAGUGCAGUAUCAGAGGCAUGGUUUGAGGCACGAUUGCUGAGCCAACCCGCGUCUCCCACGGCGGCACCUGACGAUGGCGCUCAUGAAUGGUGGACACUGGCAAGAGCACAAUCGCCGAUCGGUAUCCUAGUACAAGUUGAGGGUCAGAGAAAUGGUGCGCCGCAAUCGAGAGUCACGGAGAUUCUCUUUUAUGGAACAAUUGCCGCUGCGUCUACAGUCGAAGGUCCAAUCUCGUCACAAGACGCCCCCAACGCUCAGCCCGGGCUCUUACACGAGCUACGUGUGCAUGCGCUGCCACUGUCGUCUGACCUCAUACAUCACACUGCAGCCUCGGCGGCUUCGCCUGCUUCGCCGAUAGUGAGCACCGUCCAUCAGACUGGGGAAAUCGUUGCCCAGUAUCUGCAUCCUUUACAUGGCUUCCGCACGAUACCGAAAUCGCCCAAACGUAAGCGGGAUUUGUUUGAAGAAGCAACAAUUGCAAAGAGAAAGGCUAAAAGCAAGGGUGGAGAAAGUGUGGCGGCUGCUGCUGCUCGAACCAUGGACUUGCAGCGACCAUAUACUCACCGCACCUCCAUGUCGCUUGAAACUAAAGCAUCGGCACUUCCAGACUCUCGACCUUCAUCUGCACAUGGUACGCUCCCUCGACCAGCGUAUCGCCAACUUUCUCGAUCACCCAGCAUCAGCUCGGACACCAGGCCUGUCAGUCGAAAGGAAGCAGCAGAGGUACACGGAAGGCGCUCGAACCUGUCAAGAGUUGACACAGUUUCUUUGCAGGAUCAAGAACCUACUACAGAGUCAAGGAACAAAGAGGCGCUCACAAAGGUCGUCAUGGCGGCGAUGCGCAUGCAUGGGCUACAACAGCGGAAGAAAACCAGGUCUCGUCGAGCUUCUCUGGCGCCUGGAAUAGGGGAGUCGCAGGGUGUAAUCAACGAGUUAACCGCAGAGGAUGCUGCAAAAGACGAGGAAUUCAAGCUGAUCUAUCAUCAGACUUAUAGAGGAGCUGCUUUGGCUUUGAGAAAACACAUGACUGAGAAACCGUUGCACACUCAGCCUGAUCGAAUGCGUGACCUGGUCGAGCAAUUCCUCACUCUUUUUCUCAACGACCCACUCGCACACCCAUUAUCAAAUAACGAAACGACCAAUUUAGUCGCCACACCCGGGAUCAAGCAGGUUGGAACAUUUGGAUCGAGUCUCCAUGCAAGCCCUUUUGACUUGCCGAGUGGCAUGAGGCGGCCGCCGAUAGUAAGAGCUCAGACCGAUAGUCAGGUCUUUACAGGCUCGCCAGUAAGCAAGAGAAAGUCGGAUGAUCGCAGACUUGAGCAUGUGUGACAAAUCGAGGACUAGCAGUUCUUCUACAUGAUCGAUCAAACACAAGAUGACCACAGGCGCCAAUGAGCGCAUUGUCACCCAGAACACACAUGUCUGGUGUGAUGCGACCGCCGCUCGAAGAGUCUUGAACGACGCGUCGUCUCACAAGCACAGAGCCAGAAUGUAAUCCGAAGUCAUCAUAGCGUUACCCGAUUACAGAUGUGUUGCAGUUUUAUAUGCUCAUU